GUGUAUUCACUGGACUCACCCGAUACGUUCUUCCUGUAUUAUAACGCACAAAAACAAGGUGGUUUAACAACCAAUCUGGAACGUAUCGCCGAGCAGAUUGCUACGGUUUGUGCCACCUUGGGUGAAUAUCCUUCAUUGAGAUAUCGAUCGGAUUUUGAGAGGAAUGUUGAGUUGAGUCACUUGAUCGAGCAAAAGCUGGAUGCGUAUAAAGCAGAUGACCCAUCGAUGGGUGAGGGUGCGGACAAGGCUCGAAGUCAACUGUUGAUCAUCGAUAGGGGGUUCGAUGCGAUUACACCCUUACUUCAUGAACUCACCUUACAGGCGAUGACACAUGACUUGUUGGAUGUCGAGAACGAUGUGUAUAGGUUAUUAUUAUUAUUA